CUUCUUCUCAAUCCCUUUUUUCUGAACCUUCGUUUGUUGUCUCAUAACACAUUGCCUUAUCGCGGGUGCAUUGAGACACGUUUCGAGUCGUGUCAUUACUACAGUCGGUAGGUGUGCGUUUUUCCUCUCUCUCUCGCACUCCUUCACCAACCGCAUCCGAUCCAACUGAUAUCAUUUCUCAAGGCAUAACUUUAAGGUCCUUUAAAAACUUAGGUGAAAUGUAGACGCAAGAAAAUAACAAAAGAAACGGAGAGGGAAAAAAGGGAAAUGGCGUCAAAAGGGAAUGAAUUUUUGUAACAACCCGGGCAAGAAAAAAAUCAGUUAACCUUUGACUAUUAGUCGAUAAUUAUGCACCUAGAAAUCUAGAGUGCGGGGCUACGAGCGACGAAGCCAGCAGUUGGGGCUCGUACGUCGUCAGGAUGAAAUUAACAUGCAUCCUUAGAAUUAAGCUCUUUAGCCAAACCGCUACAUAAACCAAAUACUCGUUUUGAGUCAAUUGUAUGAACUUGUAUAGAUGUGAAUAAGGAGAGUUAUUUUUGUUUUAUUUUUUUCCGAGCUAUCCGCUCACCACCAGUUUACUUUUUUACGUUCUUCACCUAUGUCGCUCAUGUAUGUCUCAAACCUAUUUCUAAUUACCUCCUCUCCCUCGUAGAACGGACUUGACUACAGUCUCAAUGAACGAGAGUACCCUGGGCACGAGAACAGGUGUAUUCACAAGAGCAAAUGACAAAUGCUAAUAUCUUAUCGGUAAAGUUGUCGUCGACGCAACAUGCCGUUCCCCGGACAAUCGUGUGAUUCUACAAAUAUCAAUCUCUCGCAUUAUCUUCGGUAUAUCUUGCAGCUCAGUCUUCUUUAUGGUUAACCAUUACAUGAAUCGGAACAUUUUAAGCAGUUCUUUGACGCUCAAAGGUUUGUCUUAACGGGUCAACUGUGUUACUGAUUAAUUUUGCUUUUCAAAACAUAUAGCGGCGAGCACAGCAGCGUUCGAAAAUACACUGAAGCAGAAACAAACGGCUUAUAAUCGUAAGAUUUCAAGUUACCAUGCCUUGGAAUCAUUACACUGGCGACGAAAUUCAGUGCAGAGGAAAAGAAGCACAGCUCAGAAAUCGCACUCGUUCAAGAAGCAGUAGACGUGUUCCUUCAUCACACCUCAGCAAAUCUUGUGAAGUCAUCUUCGAUGAAGAAAACUCGCCGGAGCAAGAGUCAUCGAGAACACCGUGGGGUCUGUGCAAAAUUUCGCGCUCAGGGUCUUCAUACAGUUGUACUGAUGUCACCUUUCCUCUUGGUUUUACGAGCGACGAAUGUCAAAUGCUGGCCACUCGACAACGAGCUACGAACUACCUAUUUUACAUGUACACUGACAGAGGACGUCCUGUGCAGUCGGUACAAAGAUCGAAGAGUUCCAAUUCUUCGUCCUGGCGAGUCAAAAGCCCUAGUGAAGAAGACGCAAUCAAAAUGGCGCCAGCCUUUGGGAGAAAGCAAGAUAGUUCGAGAUUGUUGAAAAAUAACUGCUCUUUUUCUCUAUCUAAGAGGAGAGAAAAGGGAGCUAAAAUCACACCACCUCGGAGAGAAAGCUUGGCCCAAGAAACUGAGUUUUCUAUUGACGAUUCCCCAGCAAAGAUAAUGAUCCGCAGUUUGAAUAGAGACUUGUCGCCGUCCGCGCGAUUAGAACGCUAUUUAAUUAGCCUGCAACGGGCGGGUUUUUUAACGAGUGCAAAUAAAGAAAAAAGGAAAAACUCUCAGAUUGAGUUAGACAGAGAAAUCACGGAAAACGCUCGAGAAGUUAGUUUAAGGUCGAAGUAUUUACCUCAUCCUCCAGUAUAUUUAUUUGAAAGAGCAGUUAAGAAUUCUCCUUUUAAUAAUAAACGAAGAUAAAAAUCUAGCGUGUGUUGCGAUUUUACUAUUCUCGUGACCUUCUUUCUUGCGAUUCGUUCCUAGACAAACUAGUGCUAACCAAUCAAUGAAAAUGUUGUC